GAUUACUUCAGCGCAGUAUCAUAAUGAUACGUCCGAAAUGCGCACCUAUGCGCUCGCCGAUGGCAGAGAAGCACAGAAUCCCAGAUCAUGUAACUGAGAAAGAACUUCUCAAGGAUAAAAAAAUACUUCGCACUGGUAUGAUCCUGAGACGUCCAGUGCCCAACGUGAAGUAUACGUUCACGCCUCCUUCGGAAUCCCCCUCUCCGCCUCCGGUCAAGAAGGAAAAGAAAUACAGAUACACCUCGUCCUCUGAAUCCUCUGAACCCUCUUCUCCCCUUUGGGCAAAGAAGGAAAGGAAACACUUGGAAACUUCUGAAAAGCUGGCUUUCAAAAAGCACAGUUUUGGUGAGGAUCAGGCCACCCGUAGACGUAAGAAGCAUCGCAGAAGCGGUGUGCCCCCGGGCGCUCUUGAAGACGAGAACUUCACAUUCACCUCAUCGGGUCGCCUCAUCUGUGCACCAGGCAAGCAUCCGAAUUUCAGCAAGUAGCUUUCGAUCAUGCUGCUCAUGUAGCCUUACUUGUUGUAUUAUUAUUUUGCUUUCAAGUUGAUCUCGAUUGAAUUUGUCCCGGUUGAUAGAUUAAUAAAGUUUAUUCUAUG